CAUGUGUAGUUCGUUAUCCCUCACUCUUCAAUCUCCAAACCAUUCACUACAAACUCAUGGCGACCACGCUGCAUUCAUUAUUGCCAGUUCUGCUGUGUCUGCAGCUCGUGUCGGCCAUAUCGGACGACGACACUACCGCGACGGUCAAGACCAUCUUCGACUCCAGCGAUGGAAUGGACAUUAACGGCGUUAUUCUGGCCAUCGGAGCAUUGCUAGUCGGCGCUUUACUGGUCGUAGCUGGGUAUCGCCUGUGGCAAACAACGGUCUAUGCAUUAGGUUUCUUGGGUGGCGGUGUUGUCAUCGCCGUCAUCUUCGAAAAGGUCGUCAAGGACGAGACGUGGGUGCUCACAGCCUCAUGGAUCGCCUUCGUAGUCGGUGGUAUCAUCGUCGGCUACAUCUGCGUCUACAUCUAUUGGGCAGGCGUCUUCAUGGGCGGAGCGGUCGCUGGUGCAUCGCUCGCCAUCCUAGUGAACACAUCGUUCGGCUACAAGUUCGCACCGUCUCAUCCGGCCACGGUCCUCAUUGUACUGGUCGCGGUGUUUGCCAUCAUUGGCGGUGGUUUAACGUUGUGGCUACAGAAGCCAGCACUUAUAGCUGGUACGAGUUUAGUGGGGGCGUUCCUCCUGUUCUGGGGUAUCGGAUACUUUGCCGGCAAUUAUCCGACGUUCAACGAUCUGGAGCGGUUCAGGACGUACAACUCGAGCGGUGAUCUAGUCUACUCCAUCCCCGGAGCUUGGUGGGGCUAUCUAGUCGGAACACUCGUGGUCUUUGGUUUGUCCAUGGUGCUCCAGUUCCGGUUUACCGGCAAGGACGUCGAGUACCACACGUUGGACCGCCGAUACCGCGACGAAGACGACAUGUUGCCUCGUCAUAAUGGCGGCAUGACGCCUGCGAGAGUGCAGUACGCUAACAUGAACACACCAGCCGUGCAGACUCAGUACCAGCAGCCAUUUAACCAGCAACGCUAUCCAACGUCCAACCAGGUGCAGUGGGAAGACCUGCAGAACCAGCAGCCUACGCGCCAGAACACAAGCCCAAGCCAGCCGCAGAGCUACGUGGACACAUCAUUGGUACAGCCGCAGUAUCAACAGCGCCAGCAUGACUACCAGAUCUCCGAUGUUGUCCCUACCACCGCUCGACCGCAUGUAUCCGAGCCGGAUACACCUCCUAAUCGAGCUCCAAGCGCGCCACAAUCUCACGUCGUCUAAGUAAUAAAUCCUAAUUUGCAAUCCUUAGAUUUAUCAUGUUGAAGUUGCUAGACGUGUGCCAUGCCAGAAGCUUGUAGCCCACAGAAGCUUGUAGCCCAUUGAACGCCGUAGCCACCGACGCGUUCGACGUGUCACGUGCUAGACACCAUCCAUCCGAGUCGUUACU